UUCGGAGCCGAACAAGUCAUUAUCGUACGUGACGAAAAAUCGAAAUCACGAGUCGAGGAUCUAAUUGGAAAGAAAGGGCUAGUGUUGACAGUGUUUGAAGCGAAGGGAAUGGAGUUUAAUGACGUGUUGUUAUAUAAUUUCUUUACCGAUUCGCCUGGCGGUCUAAAGUGGCGCGCUAUUCUCUCUGGUUUGGGAAACCAAUCUGGAGAAGUUCAAACAUUUUCCCACGAGAAACAUUACAUCCUUUCCUCUGAAUUGAAGCACCUUUAUGUUGCAGUCACCAGGGCACGGCAACACAUUUGGAUAUUUGACGAGAAUGAUGAAUAUAUUGAACCAAUCUGCAGAUACUGGGAGCGAAAUGGGCUAGUCAAAGUGAUCUGGAGUGAGGAUGAGGCCAGCUCUUUCCCUACGUUAGCUAGAACGAGCAGUCCAGCAGAAUGGAAUCGAGAAGGGGAUAAAUUUUUCGAAUUACGAAAAUAUAAACAGGCUAUUUUUUGCUACGAGAAGAGUGAAAAUUGGGAAAAAAUUGCACGAGCUAAGGCCUAUCAUCUUCGGCAAAAAGCAAGAGCCUCCAUAAAUGAUUCCGAUUGGGACACUGUGAUUUUAAAUUUUUAUCUCGCAGCUGAUGCAUUUCGAAAAUGUUCUCGGCCGAUACAAGAGGCUUCAUGCUAUGAGGAUAUCAACAUGUAUGAAAAGGCUGCUGAAAUUUACCUUGGAGAGUGCAUGUUUGAGCAUGCCGCACGUUGUUAUCUUAAGGUUCCUAAUUUUGAAUAUGCGGGAAAGUAUUUUGAAAUGGCGAAUAAGUACACCGAAGCAGUUCUUGCUUAUAAAGAUGGUCGAUAUUAUGAAAAAGUCAUUGAUUUGAUGCAAAGUCACAGAGAAGAAAUUGACGAGAGAACAUUCAAUCGUAUCACACGUCUUGUCAACAUCCAUUACCGUCGGAUGAAUGACAUGAAAAUGAGCAAAAAAGCUCUCUCCAUUCUUCCAACACAGGAGGAUCAAAUGAAUCUCCUUCGAGAACAUGCUCCUGAAGAACUUCAGGAAGUCUGCAAGAAGAGUGGCCAAUUUCGUCUCGCUGCUGAAGACUUACGCUCGCGUGGGGAAUUUAAUAAGGCAGCUGAUAUGUUCCUCCACUCGGUUGACAAUGACAAUGAUAUCAUGGAGUCUUUACGAUGUUAUUUACAUCUUUGUAGAGUCAAAAUACUGAAUAUAACGAUGUCAAAUUUUGUGAACCAGAAUUCCUCUGAAGAGCUAAAGAAUGGUCUUUUCAAGGCAAAAAGCAUCAUUACAAAAGUCAAAUCUCAAUCUUUGAAGAGUUCUGAGGAGUGGGAGAAACUAAAAGAAGAAGUUUAUCUAUAUCAAGCUUACUUAAAUUCUGAUCUCGAUAGAAUUCGAAAGUCCAUGCAAUUUUUUAAUAAGAUUAAAGACUGCGUCACUGAGUUUCGUGCGGUAAUCAUAUGGCUGCAUAUACAUGUAACAAGAUUUGAUAUUAGAGCUGAAAACUGGCAAGAAAGAUUGCGAUGUCUUUUGAGGAUUUGUGAAUUGACCUUUCCUUUUUUAGUUCCUCGAAAAAAUGCAAAUGUCAAUAUUGAAGAAAUCAACAAAAAUUUUCAGGAUAUUUUCGUUGUAAGCAAAGAUGAAAACUGCCCACAUAAACGAAAAAUAUCUGUUGACAACCACAUUGCCUUUUUUCUGAAUCAAAAUAUUAUGGAGGAUGCUGUAGAAGUCUCAGAUAAAUGGCUUGUAUAUGACGAGAAUAUUUUGAAUUCAGCUAUCUCAAAAUUACUUGCUUCGUAUAUUUAUGAACACAUCUACGAGGCUGGACAGAAGGGUAAAGAAAUCCCGGAUAUAGACUCUGAAAUUUGCUCCAAAUUUACGUCCUGUUUUAAGCAUGAUUGUCGAAAGCAUCACGUUAUUCCAACACCUUCCAUUAUACGCAAACGUUUUUCACUUGCUUGCCUACAAUAUACUGUGAUACGAAAACUUGAUGCAUUGUAUCAUCGCCGUAUUCUUAAGGAAGAACAAAGUGAAAGAGUUCGUCAACCACAGAGAUAUUGGGCUGAAAAGCUUGUGCUAUUUCAUAUUCGCUAUCAAUCUCCUCAAACAAGCUGUCCCGAAGUCAUUUAUGCGGUGCUUGCCGAACAGCCUAAGCAAACACGUUAUAAAUUAAUUGAAUUUGCCCAUAAGGUUUGGUUUCCUCAAGUGUUUACUAAGCUCAAUGAUUUUUCGGUCAUGUUAAAGUGUAUGCUCGUUCUUUACCAAUUAAACGACGAAUGGGGGAUUAAUGAAUUCAGAUGGGCAAUGUCAAGGAAAAAAUACCCUGAAGAAUCACCUGUCGGGUUUGAAUAUUACAUGUACCAGGGAUAUUAUAAAACUACUCCUGUUGGAAAGCGACUUUCAUUAUUCUUUUCAUGCCUCUAUGACAAUCAUGUUAUAAGUGCGAUCAAACACAUAAAAAUCUUUACUCAAUACAUUAUCGACAAAAUUGACCUAGUCAAUAUAAACACAUCCGAUGCAUUUGGUGACCUUAUAUCUUUAAUGGAGUUUAAAAUAUCUUUGGUUUUUGCAAUUAGUCCUGGAUAUUGCGAUUUUUGCCUUCCUCGUGCUUAUUUGGUUAAUUAUUUUGACGCAUUUACCGCGGAACCGCUUAAUCCCAACCAAGACGGUUAUGAUGAAAUUGGUUACCUGGCUGAACUCAACGAUUCCAUUGAUCAAAUUCAACGGCUUCUCGAUCUGCUGAUUCUCACUAGGCAGUAUUACUUGAUCACCAUACUUAGAUUAAUGCGGCUCCUAAUACUCAUAGGUCUAAAAGAAUCAUCUAAUUUUGGAACUAAGAUCUUUAAUCUUUUCAAAAAUUGGGCCAAACCUCUGAAAGAAAAUGUAUUUUCUCCAAAGAUCAUAAGAUAUUUGAAUGAAUCUUAUAUGAUGAGUCGCCUUGCACUCGUUCUUCACAACGAUCUCAGUGAGACAGAUUGCGAUUCCUUGGUAAUUGUCCAUUAUCACGGAGGCGGCUCGUCAAAAUUUUCUUACUUAGAGCAACAUGGGAUUAUAAAGCUUGAAUAUAAGUCUGUUAAACAAUUUUAUUUUGCUCUACGGCAAAUAAUGUCACCAGGAGUUCAUAGGCGGAACAGUGAAAAAUCUGAAAUAUCCAACAAAAAUCAAGACUCAGCCACAGAAAUCCAAGCUUGGUUUCGUCGAAUUCACGAUUCUCUUCAGGCCAAAGAAUCAGCUACCAAAAUCCAAGUUUGGUUUCGCCGUGCUCUCCAACGACAAGAAUCUCGACAAUAUAAACAUGACCCAAUUCUAGAACAGAUUUUCAACGAGAUGGUAGUUUUUUGCAAGAACGAACUUUUUUGGAAGUCUGCUGUAAAGAAUAAGGGAAGAAAAAGAGUGAAUAAGUAUCAUAUUUUAUUGAGAGGUCUGAUCGUAAAAAACAUUGUAGACCUGAUUAAGCUGCAAGGAAAAAUGGAUGCUACAAAGAUAAAAUUGCAAAAGAUGAUCAAUAAUCGUAGUUCAGAUGACCAAAAAAUUGACAAAUGUUUGGAGUUACUGGACGACUUAAAGUAUAAUCACUACGAAAACAUCAAGAUGGUGCUAGAUUCAUUAUCUAUAUCAAAGAACACGAUUAGACAUCAAGAAGCAAAUAUUGAUUGGCUGAAAAAUGAAUCGCAGAUAGCAGAGGAUUUUUUAAAUGAUGUUUAUCAUUGGGUGAACAGAUGCAAUGAUGCCAUGAAAAAAUGA